AUUUUUUCCCCUCUCUCUCCUCUGUCAGGGUCUCGGCUAGUGUGAUUUCUCUGUAAAGGGAAGCGAGGAACCUCGCAAGUCGUACUCGAUAUCGUUCGAAAUCAUCGAUCCUUCCGAAAAUAUUGGAGACAUUUGGAACAUUGGCCUCCAGUUUGAAUUUUGGUCAAGUUAUCAAAUUAAAGUACAAAAAGUCGGUAGAGGAUGGCCUGUAGGGGCUUCUGGGCGUGCCUUUUGAAGCUUCUGAACUUACUAAUGACCCUUGCUGGUCUGGCCAUGGUGGCCUAUGGAAUAUAUCUACUGGUUGAAUAUGACAGAGCUUCAGAGGAAAUUGCCGAUUCGCCUUCCAGUUAUGAUCAAACUGUAAUUCAAUUUGGCCGACCCAUCUUUACGGCUGUAUCACUAUCAGAUAGUAUCAGCUUGCCCAAGGCUUGGUUUAUUUACUUAUUCAUUGCCAUUGGAGUUGUUCUCUUUGUCAUUUCUUGCUUUGGUUGUAUUGGAAUUGCAACAAGGAAUGGAUGCUGCCUCUGCUGUUAUUCAAUUUUGUUGCUGUUGCUGAUCCUGGUGGAGCUUGGUUUUGCUGCCUUUUUAUACUUUGAUAAAAGCUGGGAAAAGGAAAUUCCAGCUGACAAAACUGGAUAUUUUGAAAUGAUAUACAAAUUCCUGCGAGAGAACUGGAAUAUUGUGAAAUGGGUUGCUCUUGGAAUUGUAAUCUUUGAGGCCCUUCUUUUCUUGUUAGCCCUCAUUGUUAGGGCCGCAAAUAGGCCAGCAGAUUAUGACAGUGAUGAUGAGUUCGUUAAUCCAAGGCACCAAAUGCGGCAGCCACUGAUAAACAGAACAGCAGGACCAGCAGCCGGUCCGCCAGUUCCCGGUGCAAUUGACCAGCGUCCUCCUGGCAGGAAUGAUGCUUGGAGUACUAGGAUGAGGGAAAAGUAUGGGCUUGAUACUUCGGAAUUCACAUACAACCCAUCUGAGUCACAAAGGCUCCAGCAAGGAAGCUCACAGCCAACUGAAGAAAGGAAACGCUGCACCAUCAUGUAAUCAUUUUGUGGAUUGCUGUCUAAACCCAUAUCGGGUUAACUUCCAAGGAUUGUUUUUAUGGACAUUGGCAUUGAGACUGGAAGUUUGUCAGUAAGGUAGCCUUUUGUUGAGUUUGUGUACAACUCGCAUUUUUCUUUCUGGAUCCUUUUAUAUUAUAUCACAUGGUAGCAGUAUCUCCGUUUUGUUGUGUAAUAUCCAUUAAGAUAUUGUGGCAUUGCUUGUGUAGCUUAGGAUAGUGAUGUAGUCUCCAAAGUGCAUGCUCUUUUAUUCUUAUUCUAUUUCUUUUUGCUUUUC